GACUAGGUGCGCCAUAAGAGGUGUCAGUUAUCCCGCCACAGUACACUUCCAUAAUGCUCGGUCACAGAAUUGCCGCUGAAAGUGUCUCUUUAUGCAAAAUAGCAAUGCUCUAUUGUCCCCUGAAUUCAGCUUUAUAAUAGCCACCCUUGGAAAACCAGUAUUUCAUUCAUUCAAAUCCGGUGCCCACAGGUAAAGCGGUCCUAUACAAUGCACUGGCUCAGACGAUCCCACCGCGCACGGUAACAGUUUUUUCGUCCUAUGGUCCAACUUGAGAUCUAACAGCAUGGCUCUUCGACUGCGGUUGUUGACUGUCCUCUCCUUGACACUGGCGGUUGCUUGUGGCCGACAAGUAGGACUUCUCAGCAAGUUGAGAGCUUCCCAGCAAUCUGCCUGGUCAGACCCUGGGAAUAGAAAACUUAAGAUCUCGACCUCCAAUAUUCUAGGAGUCUCAAAGCAGGCCUUCCCACUGGUGAAAAAUGAAGUUGUCCCAAGUGGAUUAGCACAGGGACCGAUUCGGACGUCGAUGCAGAUGAUCCCAUGGCAGAUGCUGUCCAACGAAAUCAACUACCAACAAGUACCAUCCCAAUCAGUGGGUGUAGAACCCAAGAACAGACUUCUGGUUUCGAACCACAUCAAACAACCUUCCCUCGGAACAUUGCAAUUCCACAUGACCGGACCUGACGCCGACGCGCAACCAUCGAAGGUGACACAGGAUACUUUGGACCAUAGUCUGGACAUUGAAUCGGGUCUUGGGCAUGCACUGGUUUCUGAUCUUUUAAAAUAUGAUGGAUCUGGGUCAGACCUCGGUAAAAUGCUGGUUUCUGACCUCAACAAGGAUAAAGGGUCUGGGUCUGGCCGCGGUAAUCCACCGAUUUCUGACCUGCACAACGAUGAUGGAUCUGGGUCAGGCCUCGGUAAUCCACUGGUUUCUAACCUCUAUAAGGAUGAUGGAUCCGGGUCAGGCCUCGGUAAGGCUCUGAUUUCAGACCUGUACAAAAACGAUGGAUCUGGGUCAGGCCUCGGUAAUGCACUAAAUUCUAACCUCUACAAGGAUGGUGGAUUUGGGUCAGGCCUGGGUAAUGCACUGAUUUCUGAUAUGUACAAGGAUGAUGGAUCUGGGUCAGGCCUCGGUAAUGCACUGAUUUCUGACCUCAACAAGGAUGAUGGAUCCGGGUCAGGCCUCGAUAAUCCAGUGGUUUCUAAACUCUACAAGGAUGAUGGAUCUGGGUCAGGUCUUGGUAAUGAACUGAUUUCUGACAUGUACAAGGAUGAUGGAUCCGGGUCAGGCCUUGAUAGUCCAGUGGUUUCUAACCUCUAUAAGGAUGAUGGAUCCGGGUCAGGCCUCGGUAAGGCUCUGAUUUCAGACCUGUACAAGAAUGAUGGAUCCGGGUCAGGCCUCGGUAAUGCACUAAAUUCUAACCUCUACAAGGAUGGUGGAUCUGGGUCAGGCCUGGGUAAUGCACUGAUUUCUGAUAUGUCCAAGGAUGAUGGAUCUGGGUCAGGCCUCGGUAAUGAACUGAUUUCUGACAUGUACAAGGAUGAUGGAUCCGGGUCAGGCCUCGAUAAUCCAGUGGUUUCUAAACUCUACAAGGAUGAUGGAUCUGGGUCAGGUCUUGGUAAUGAACUGAUUUCUGACAUGUACAAGGAUGAUGGAUCCGGGUCAGGCCUCGGUAAUCCAGUGGUUUCUAACCUCUACAAGGAUGAUGGAUCUGGGUCAGGUCUUGGUAAUGCACUGAUUUCUGACAUGUACAAGGAAGAUGGAUCUGGGUCAGGCCUCGGUAAUCCAGUGGUUUCUAAACUCUACAAGGAUGAUGGAUCUGGGUCAGGCCUCGGUAAUCCAGUGGUUUCUAACCUCUACAAGGAUGAUGGAUCUGGGUCAGGUCUUGGUAAUGCACUGAUUUCUGACAUGUACAAGGAUGAUGGAUCCGGGUCAGGCCUCGAUAAUCCAGUGGUUUCUGACCUCUAUAAGGAUCCUGGAUCCGGGUCAGGCCUCGGUAAGGCUCUGAUUUCUGACCUCUACAAGGAUGAUGGAUCUGGCUCUGGUCUCGGUAAUCCACUGGUUUCUAAUCUCUAUAAGGAUGAUGGAUCUGGGUCAGGCCUCGAUAAUCCACUGGUUUCUAACCUCUACAAGGAUAAUGGAUCUGCUUCAGGCCUCCUUAAGGCACUGAUUUCUGACCUGUACGAGGAUAAUGGAUCGGGGUCAGGCCUCGGUAAUCCGUUGGUUUCUAACAUGUACAAGGACGGUGGAUCUGGGUCAGGCUUUGGUAAAGCUUUAAUAUCUAACAUCUAUAAGGACGACGGAUCUGGAUCGGGCUUCGAUAAUGUAAUGGUUUCUGACCUGUACAAGGAUAAUUGAUCUUGCUCCGACCUUUGCAAUGUGGUUGUUUAAAAUCCCUGACUACAAGCUUCGACUGUCUCCCGACUCUGAUUUUUGAGCUUCCUCGCAGUAAGGUGCUUUGGACCUAUUAGAGUUUUUCACUAAGUGGUGGAGGUACACUAAGAAAUCUUGAGAAAUCAAUCAGAAAGUACAAAGCUGAUGGUCUGUCUGUUUAUUUUUUAUCUUCUAAUAUGUUUUCGCGUGCAGCUGCAGUGAGUAAACCUCCCAUGCAUAAUCCCCAUCUUGACAUGAGGUGCAUGCACAAGGUUGAUCGUGCACCCGAUGCAAUAAAGUAGACAUCAUCGGCGUCACGAGGGAAGGGGGUUAGAUAAGGAGUGCUUAACCCCACUGAAAGAAAUGGAACAUAAAAUAGUAAUGAGUGAAGUCUGUUAAUAUCUGUUAUACUCCUCAUCCUUUAUUUUUCUCUAAUAGCAAAGGUCUCACCCAGAUGACCAUAAAGUUUUGCAAAAGUACAUUUUGUUCACAAUAAAAAGCUGCAGCUGCAUUAAAGUAAUUGUGUAUAUGUAACACGAUUUUCUGCAGUCUGAUACAAAAUAGUUUUAUUUUUAUGAAAUAGAUACCUGAAAUUUUAUAUUAGGUAAAGGGCUGCGAGUUAUUCUCUAAGUUAUAUAAACCCAAUGGCAAGGUGUGACAUAUAAGGUGUAAGGGCAUAACAUGUAACUAAGAGUUAACAUCUUCCCGGCGUCAAGUACAUCUUGAAGUAAUAUAAACGUAGUCGUUGUGUUUUUCUGUUAUUGUAUAACGCUUUUUCUGGUACAGCGUUUUCGUUUGUUUUUUUCACUGAUGGUGGGAUAGCACACAGGCUCCUCCCCACUCCAGAAUCCAGAUACUUUAUCUGUAACACCAGUUUGUCCAAAGUUUGAAGCAGUGUCGGAUCUAACAAGCCGAUGGGACGGGGGGGGCAAGUUGGCCUUCGUUGCCUGUUCUGUUUAAGUGCCAAUAAUUCAGACACGGUUGUAUCACCUUUCUUUGCAGGGGCGUGAAAAGUCUCACGGAUGAAAAUAAAUUGAACAAUCGGUGACUUAAGAAAACAAUCCUCAACCCCCCCUCCCGAUCAAACCCGGAACGCUGGGGAUAUAAGGUAUAAGAGAACAACUGACUGCAAGGAUGAAGAGAUUGGUCCAUGAAGCCCCGCCCCACUGUUUUCUGACCAAUCAAAGCUAUGAUUUAUGUCCGACAUACGUGCUCAAAAUUGGGACAUUCGUGCACGCCUGUAUGAUACGCUGGGAUGGAAUACGUAUUGUGGCAUUGGAAAAGAGCAUGUUCUAAAUGCCAACAUCCGCACUUGGUAGGGCUUACUGGAUCGGUCUUUUGACCUUCACAGUCAUUGCAUAUCUGUGGCAAACACAACUUGUCAUGGAACAUCUUGAAGCAAUUUGUUAUGUUCUGUUUCCUAUUAGAGAAAUAAAGUGUAGGCCAUGCAUAUUCUAUAGUAAAAGCAUUUAGGAAACAGCGGAAUAAUAACUGAUUCUUCUGUAAGCCUUUGGUAGUCGCGGGCGAAAGGGGGCACUUGUCACUUCCUUGAGAAAGAUUCACGCGUCGGAAAAAGAAAACAGGGCAAAAAGAAACUGGUUUGGAAACGAAAAAGGAACGAGGAAGGAGAAGAAAUCACUAAUCUGCUAAAUGUAUCUCGGAAUUAACCCCCUUCCUCUGUUGGCAGUUUGUUGGAUUGCUGGUGACGAGAGCCCCAUUCCGGCAACGCGCAUGUCCGCACAGGAAGUUAGAUUUCUUUUGUAGUUGGUUUCUCCACAGUGGUGGUCGGUAGUCUUACUCUUUGUAGGAUAACAUUUGAAACCUUCAAUAAAAAAGCAAAAACAAAUUAAAGAGGGAGUAUCUUU